AUGCCGGCAGCGUGGGCCCUGCUGCUGCUGGUGGGGUUUGCAGGGACCACAGGGAGACGGCAGGGUCAGGACCUGGGCAGGAGCGAUGCCUCCGUCAUCUCAGUGUCCAACGGGGGACCCUGGGGUGACUGGGCCUGGCCGGAGAUGUGUCCCAAGGGGUCCUACGCCAGCGGUGUCAGCUUCAAGGUAGAGCCGCCACAGGGGGUGAUGGAGGAAGACACGGCACUGAACGGGGUUCGGCUGCACUGCUCCCGUGGGGGGAACGCCGACAGCAGCUACACAGCUGAGUCCCAGAGCGGCAGGUGGGGCAGCUGGACGGAGGUCCUCUGGUGCCCCCACCAGGGGCACCUGGUGGGCUUUGCGCUGCAGGUCCAGGUGCCCCAGCAUGGGUUCCUGCACGAUGAAGUGGCUGCCACCAACGCACGGUUUGCAUGCUCUGACGGGCAGGUGCUGCAGGGGCCGGGGGCUGUCUGGGGCCAGUGGGGUGGCUGGAGCCAUCAGUGCCCUAAGGCGGUGUGCGGCAUCCAGACACGACAGGAACCUGCAUGGGGGCUGAAGAGGGAUGACACGGCCCUGAAUGAUCUGCGCCUCUUCUGCUGCCAGUGAUGGGUGCUGGAAACCUCUGUGGGGCCUUGAGUCCAGCAGGUGAUGCCUUUGCCCUGAUACCCUUUCCUUCAUCCUCAUGGAGUCCUUCCUUGCUCAUACGCUGCUGG